AUGGGACUCACCGUUAAAGUUUUUAUUCUUUGCACGGUCACAGCAGCGGUUUUGGCUGUUCCCGUAAUUCAACAAGACUCUCCAGUGCAACAUUAUCAACCAGUUGAGGAUCUCGAUGCCGCUUCCGAAUACGAUUUCCAAUAUUCCGUUCACGACGAAAAGUCUGGAGAUGUCAAGGCUCACAGAGAAAGUCGCGACAAAGAUGGUGUCGUCAAAGGAAGUUAUUCGUUCAUCGAAGCUGACGGACAUAAACGUGUCGUUACCUAUGUCGUCCAUAAAGACAGCGGAUUUGUUGCCAAUGUCAAUCGUGAAAAGGUGUCUGGCUACAAAGCACCGGAAGUUGUUCAUAAAUACGAAGAGCCCAAGUACGAGGUGAAAUAUGAAGAGCCAAAAUAUGAAGUCAAAUACGAGGAACCAAAAUACGAAGUGAAGCACGUAAAAUAUGAAGAACCCAAAUAUGAGGUCAAAUACGAACAACCAAAAUACGAAUCCGCUCCCGUAAAUCAAAUCAAAUUCACCCAAGUAGAUUUGUCACAAUAUGAAAAGCAAUAUUCCGUACCUGAACAAGCUAAAUACGAGGAAAAACAACCCGAACAACCAGCAAAAACCGUUCAAGCUCCCGCUUACGAGACCCAAGAGAAACCCGACUUGAGCGCUUUCUUGCAACAACACCAAUUACCAAAGUACGAAAGCGAAUACAAGCAAGAAGAAUAUUCACAUGAGGAAUACAAGCCACAAGAACACAAAUAUGAAUUGCCAGCAGAACACAAAUACGAGCAAUAUCAAUUGCCAGUUGAACAACCAAAAGAAGCUCCUGCUCCAACGCAAUACGAACAAGAAAAUAGCCAAAAACAAACUGCUCCACAAACAUUCUACCACGAAGAACAACAGCCAGAACCGAAAGCUGUUGAAGAGCCAAAAUACGAAGUCAAGUACGAAGAACCAAAAUACGAGCAACCUCAACCCCAAGUCCAAUAUGUCUUCCUCAAAAAGUCAGUUGAAAAGCCACGCGAAGGUGUCAUCAUUCCACAAGUUCCUCACAAAGAAGACGAAGUCAAAGUAAAGCCUUAUCGCUUUGCUCCACUCGAAAAUUUGUACAAAUUUGUCAUUAAUCAAGCAAAAGCUUUCGAUGGCGCUGAGCCAACACCUGAUUUUCUCAAGUAA